AUAAGAUCGACGUAUGUGUAAACCUUAAACAAACAUUUUUAUUAACAAGUUGGUGUGUUAAUCAUUUCUUUGAACAUCAACUACUAUUAUUAUGAGUACGUUUCCUUGUUCCUUGGCCAACUCAAGGCCAAGGCUCGUACUAUUCCUCACGCUAUGGUGUAGCGUGAUAUCGUCGAUGGUUGUAGGAUCAUCGGCGAGGGUACACCAUUACAAAUGGGACGUGGAGUACAUGUUUUGGUCACCAGAUUGCGAGGAGAGGGUGGUGAUGGGGAUUAACGGCCAGUUCCCUGGACCAACCAUACGUGCUAAGGUCGGCGACAUCAUACAUGUUGACCUUACCAACAAGCUUGGUACUGAAGGUGUUGUUAUUCAUUGGCAUGGUAUUAGACAGCUAAACACACCGUGGGCAGAUGGGACUGCAUCAAUUUCUCAAUGUCCCAUUAAUCCUGGACAGACUUUUGCUUAUAGAUUCGUUGUUGACAAGGUGGGAACAUAUUUUUACCAUGGACAUUAUGGUAUGCAAAGAUCAGCAGGAUUAUAUGGAUCAUUGAUAGUAGAAUUACCAAAAGGACAAAAUGAGCCAUUUCAUUACGAUGGGGAGUUCAACUUAUUAUUAAGUGAUUGGUGGCACCAAAGCAUUCAUGAACAAGAAGUUGGCUUGAAUUCCAAUCCAAUGCGUUGGAUAGGCGAACCACAGACUCUACUAAUCAAUGGAAGAGGGCAAUACAAUUGUUCCUUGAAGCCAAACUUCGGAAACUCAUCAUCAACACAAUGCAAAUUCAAUGGAACUGAGCAAUGCGCACCACAAUUACUUUCAGUGCUUCCAAACAAGACUUAUAGAGUUAGACUCGCAAGUACAACCGCUCUUGCUUCCCUCAACAUAGCCAUCGGGAACCAUAAAAUGGUAGUAGUGGAAGCAGAUGGAAACUACGUACAACCAUUUGAAGUAGAGGACUUAGACAUUUACUCAGGAGAAAGCUACUCAGUACUCAUAAACACAAAUCAAAACCCGAAUCAGAAUUAUUGGAUUUCAAUUGGUGUUCGAGGACGUCAACCUAAGACACCACCAGCAUUAACAUUACUUCAUUACAAGGGCGUUUCAGCUAAAACACUCCCUACAGGUUCGCCUCCAGUAACUCCUGUAUGGAAUGACUAUAACCACAGUAAGUCAUUUACCAAGCAGAUUUUCUCCCUUAUGGGAUCCCCAACACCACCUAGUAAAUUUGACCGGCGGCUCGUUUUCCUCAACACUCAGAACAAAAUUAAUGGACAUAUUAAAUGGUCUAUUAAUAAUGUCUCCUUUGUUUUCCCACCGACCCCAUUUUUAGGGUCGGUGAAAUUUGGGUUAAAACACGCGUUCGACCAAACGAGCCCACCCGAGGAUUACCCUAGGGAUUAUGAUAUCAAGAAUCCACCACCAAACCCUAAUACAACUACUGGAAGUGGGGUCUACAAAAUUGAGUACAACACAACGGUCGAUAUUAUUUUACAAAAUGCAAAUGCAUUAAAUGCUAACACAAGUGAAAUUCAUCCUUGGCAUUUGCAUGGGCAUGAUUUUUGGGUGUUAGGUUACGGUGAAGGGAAGUUUACUAAGGAGGAUGAGGCUAAGUUUAACUUAAAGAACCCUCCGUUGCGAAACACGGCCGUGAUAUUCCCCUACGGAUGGACCGCGUUGCGUUUCGUGGCGGAUAAUCCCGGGGCAUGGGCGUUUCAUUGUCAUAUUGAGCCUCAUUUGCAUAUGGGUAUGGGAGUGGUGUUGUCUUUGGCAGUUGAUAGAGUUAAGGAUAUUCCUAGUGAUGCUCUUUCUUGUGGACUUACUGCUAAGAUGUUCUUAAAGAAGAGAUAUGUUCCUUGAUUAAUGGGUGAUUAAUUAAUUUUAUUAUGAGAUAAUAAUAAUUCUUGAGUGAAGAUUGAAGAGGAUAUAAAUUUGGGAUCAUCGUUUUUGAUCGUCUAGAAGCAAAGGCGGCUUAAGUAAUGUAAGCUUUUAAUUUAUUUGGGGGUUUGGACUACUAUUUUAUAUUGAUUUACAUAUUUAUUAGCUUAAUUUUGUGGAUGUAAUCCCUAUAAUUUGUUCAAGUAAGUUUUCUUAUUAUGAGUUUAUAAUUAUUAUUAAAAGUUCUAUUGUUA